UUAUUUAGGACAUGUGAAGCCACAGCGGACGGCGCGUCCCUCUGGGUGAUCCAAUCUACCACCAGCCGAGAGCAAAUUCAUUUUAAAUGUAGGCUACACGGCCUUUGAUCAGCCAGCAGAGGGAAGCACAUCAAUGCUUCACUGGGAUACAUUUCCUGUGUUUUUAGGAGUCCAGCUCUAACGCCUACAUGCUGUCGGGCGAUAUGGAGAAACGACAGCAGAUGAAGGACGACCUGCAGCGGUGCAUAGACGCACACAAAGACGAGCUGCACAGUCUGAGUAGAGACAUUUGGAGCAAUCCUGAAGUCGCCGGUAACGAGAAACAUGCGCACGACCGGCUUGUCCGCUUCUUUUCUCAGGACCAGACAUGGACGGUCCAAAGUCACUACAAACUUCCGACCGCGUUCAGGGCCAGCUGGGGUCCAGUUGGUGGAGGGGUGGGAGACCCAGUGUUGAACGUGGGGUUCCUGUGCGAGUAUGACGCCCUCCCGGGUAUCGGCCACGCGUGCGGGCACAACCUGAUAGCAGAGGUGGGCGCUGCGGCCGCUGUGGGGCUGAAGGCUGCUUUAGAGAACCAGACCGAGCUCCCGGUGCCUGUGAAGAUAACUGUUCUGGGAACUCCUGCCGAGGAGGCGUUAGGAGGAAAGAUUGAGCUAAUCAAUGCCGGGGCCUUUGCUGAUAUUGAUCUUGUCUUCAUGGCUCAUCCAGCUCAGCAGGAUGCUUCGUUUCACCCUUGCAUCAUAAUCGAAGAGAUGUUAGUGAAGUACUAUGGGAAGGCGUCUCAUGCAGCUGCAUACCCUUGGGAGGGAGUGAAUGCCCUGGAUGCGGCCGUCCUGGCCUAUAACAACAUCUCUGUACUCAGACAGCAGCUCAAACCAGACUGGAGGAUUCAUGGCAUCAUCAAACACGGAGGAGAGAAGCCCAACAUUAUCCCUGCAUACACUGAAUUAGAGUUUUAUUUGCGCGUCCCGUUGCUCAAGGACCUAUGUGACCUGAAGGCUAAAGCUGAAGCUUGCUUCAGGGCAGCUGCCGGAGCAACCGGUUGCCAAGUGGAGAUCACCUUCCCAACCCCUACCUACUAUAACAUUCUACCUAAUGCCACACUGGCAAGCAUGUAUGAAAGCAAUGGAAAAGCUUUGGGAAUUCAUUUUCCAGAGCAGACAGCCAGCUUCUGCGGUUCUACAGACUUUGGCAACGUGUCAUUCAUAGUCCCUGGUAUUCAUCCGUUUUUCUACAUCUGCACUGAUGCAUUAAAUCAUACGGAGGAAUACACCGAAGCAGCAGGAGCUGAAAAGGCCCAGUUGUACACCCUGAGGACAGCCAAGGCCCUGUCUAUGACAGCUGUGGAUGUAGUGUGCUGUCCUGAUCUGCUUAAGAAAGUGAGAGACGACUUUAGACUGGCCAAACUGAAACAGAAGUGACUGGAAGGCAGUGAUUGUCAUGGUCCUGGGUCCUUUUGACCCAGCGUUUUGUGUUUUCUAUUAGUGUGAUUGUUGGUUCUGUUCUUCCUCUGUUUAGUGUUUACUCUGUCCUGCCCGUGUGUUCCUGUAUUAAGUCCGCGUUUCUUAGUCUGUGUCCUUGCAUGUGUAAGUUCCUGUUUUAUUGUGAAGGUCUGCGUCUUAUGUGAGUGUUUUCAGUUCGCCUCCCUAGUCUCGUCACGUUAAUCACUCCCAGCUGUGUCCCUCACCUGUGUGUAAUCUCCCUGUGUUUUCUGAGUGUUUUUCAGUCGUGUCUUCUGUCUUAGUCGUUGCUGGUUCGUCUGUGUUGUUCCCCUCCAUGUUCUCGUGUAUUCUCCCUGCAUCUCUGUUUCUCGACUCAAGGUUUCAGGUUUGUUUUUGCGUAGCUUUUCCCAGUUUAGUUCAUUCUUAGGUUUUGGUUUUCUUCCUCCUCCUUGUCCCUGUUUGUUUCACCCUUUUGUUACGGUAAUAAAGCUCGCUCACAACUUAA